CUGCCUUGCACGCCCCGGGGAGUUGCAAGUGGGAAGGCGGCCGAGUUAGGGCGAGGGGCGCCGAGCGAACGAGCUCGGGUCCGGCUGGAGCCAGGGCGCAGGACUCGGACCUCUGCUGCCCAGCCAGGGCCGGCACCUCCAGGGCCAGACCGCGCCGGAGAAGACAUGGCCUCCCCGUUCCUGCCCUCUGGAGCCACCACGGGCGACAGCGGGGGAGAGCUGAGCUCCGGGGACGACUCCUGCGGGGCCGAGUCCCCCCACAGCCCCGAGAGCGAGGCGUCCCGCAGCCUGGCGGAGCUCUUCGAGAAGGCGGCGGCGCAUCUCCAAAGCCUGGUGCAGGUGGCCAGCCGCGAGCAGCUCCUGUACCUGUACGCUAGGUACAAGCAGGUCAAAGUUGGAAAUUGCAAUACUCCUAAACCAGGCUUCUUUGAUUUUGAAGGAAAACAAAAAUGGGAAGCAUGGAAAGCACUUGGUGAUUCAAGCCCCAGUCAAGCCAUGCAGGAAUAUAUUGCUGUAGUUAAAAAAUUAGAUCCAGGUUGGAAUCCUCAGAUAACAGAAAAGAAAGGAAAAGAAGCGAAUGCCGGGUUUGGUGGACCAGUGGUUAGUUCUCUGUAUCACGAAGAAACCAUCAGGGAAGAAGACAAAAACAUAUUUGAUUACUGCAGGGAAAACAACAUUGACCAUAUAACCAAAGCCAUCAAGUCGAAAAAUGUGGAUGUGAACGUGAAAGAUGAAGAGGGGAGAGCUCUGCUCCAUUGGGCGUGCGACCGAGGACAUAAGGAGCUAGUCACAGUCUUCCUACAGUAUAAAGCUGACAUUAACUGUCAGGACAAUGAAGGUCAGACAGCUCUACACUAUGCCGCUGCCUGCGAGUUUCUGGAUAUCGUGGAGUUGCUGCUCCAGUCUGGUGCCGACCCCACUCUCCGCGACCAGGACGGCUGCCUGCCGGAAGAGGUGACGGGCUGCAAGGCGGUGUCUUCAGUGCUGCAGAAGCACACGGCCGGCAAGGCCUAGGCAGCCGACGGGGAAGCCGCCCUCCGUCCUGGGAGAGUGCGCCAGGGAUGAAUGAAAGCUUCGAGAAGGCAGCUUCCUUCCCACUCAUCUGUGAUGCGCGUUGGCUAAUAAAAUCAGCUGUGACGAACUGGGAUUCUGAAGGCUCAGCAGUUCA